AUGGCUUCUCCGUCAGAUCUCGCCGACGACUCUUGUCGAGAUCCAGUUACAGAGUCGGAAACUCUUUCGGGGAACCCUAGCUUAAUCGAGAAACCGAGCGUAGAGCAAGGAAAUGUUACCGUGGAGGAUGACAAUUCUGUCGCUAACAAAGCCCUAAAUCUAGAAUCAGCACAGGAGGAAACGCAGAACCAGGAAGAUCCCGAGGAGUCCGACGCCAUAGAUCAGCAACCAGAGGCGUCGAUUGAAGAAAGUAGGAACGAAGAGGACGACAUGGACGCAAGGCAAGCCGUCACCUCUUUGGUUUCUCGCCGUGGAGGUGGGCCGAAGCGAAAUAAAUUGAAACAGAAGAGACGCAAGGGGCAAGAGAAGGCGAAGGCAAAGCUCGAGAUACAUCUGAAAACCUUGAAGCCCAUUCCUUUCGUUCCAGGUAAAACCCUAGAUUUUUCUCGGCACGAAAAGCUCUUGAAGACGCUAGGUAUCUGGGAAUUUCUGCACUUGGAGUUUGACCAAAAUAUCCGUCAGGAUUUGGUAGCCAAGCUUAUCGCUUUCUAUGUUCCAGAGAGUAGAUGCAGCUAUGUAAAUGAGUCUAGGAUCAAUGUUAGUCGUGCUGAUUUGGCUCGAGCUUUGAAAUUGCCAAAGAAGAAAGACCUUAACCUUAGCAUCACAGAUGAGGAGAGAGAGAUUCUGGAUAGGGAUGAAUCAGCCAAGUUUAUCGAGGAGAUUCUUUCAACUUGGGUUCUACUGCAAAGUGAUGAUAUGUGGAUUAUGCCGGUAGAGGUAGUUGAAUGGGGAAAGGAUAUAAAGCAAAAGCAAUUGGAAAAGUUAGAUUGGGCUGGGUUGAUCUGGUUCAUGGUUGAGAAAGAACUGAAAGCGGAGCCUCCGCUUGGUGAUUGCUUUUUUGCUUCGCAUCUGCAGCUGUUGAUUAAAACACAGAAGGAAGAUUUGCUGAGGAAAAAACCUGAAGAGGAAGAAGACGAUGAUGAUGAUGUAAAGGAGGUUGAUUUAUUGGUAAAAUCUCCAAAAGAAGAGUGUUUGGAGGUUGAGGAGGAAAAUGUUGGUGCUGCAGAUUCAAGAGAUGAUGAUGGCGCCACUGAAUCAAAAGAGGAGAAGUAUGUGGCGGAACAUAUGAUCGAAUUGAAUCUCGGGCAAGAGAUUGGGUCAGAAAUGGUCCUUGUGGAGGAGCAAGAUCCUGAGGGGGCAAUGGAUGCUGAGGAAAAUAAGAAAGAAGAGGAGGAAAGGUUGCCAUGGAAUGAAGACACUCAUGCUGGUUCUCAUUUCCUUCGCCGUUGCCAUCUUAGUAGUGCUAGUGCUAGGGAAGGAGACGAAGAUAAUACAAUAGAAGGAUCUAUGGAAAUGGGAGAAGACGAACCAAUUGAAGAUGUUGGGGAAGAAGAAACUGAGGAAGAUGAUGAGAAGUAUGAAGGAGGGUUUCCCUUUUUCCCAAAUGGCAAUUCCCUUCAUGGAGUUUCCGAAGAGAAUCUCAUGUUAGAAGCACCUCCCUUAGGAGGUUACAACUCUGGGUUACAAAUUCAUGGCAACUCGAGUGGUGGUGAUUUCCUUGCUUCUAGGGUUGACAUGCAUAUGGGCAUGGGUUCAGGUAGUUCUUCUCUGUUCGGGAAUGGCAACAACAAGAGGGAGAUGGAUCACGAGAAUGAUAUCUCUUAUCAUAUUCAUAACCCCGCCAAUAAGAGAUUGAGGACAGAAGAACCCUCUUGGGAAGAAAAGCCACCUCCGUUUGAGAUGUGCAUGGAUCACAUUCAGAGCUGGGUGGAAAAAGCUAGGCUGUCAUGUACUGAAAGAGAUCAAGAGCGUGCACAGUCUGCUAUGAACCAGCAGUAUCUGAUGAGGGAACUGCAAAAUAAGGAAGAAGUGAUUCAGGACUUGGAAAGAAGCAAGUUUGAGGAGCAACAGAGGAAAGACGUAAUGAUCUAUAGGCUUGAGAGUGAGCUUCGUAUGAUGGCAAGUGUACUAGAGGGUUAUAGGAAGGCUUUGAAAGAAACAAAAAAGGCAUCCAGAGAGCACAGGAAACGUUGCCCUUUGCGUGAUGAUAAAGCAGUCUACAUGGAUGUCAAAGGUUCUGGAGGAUUAGUUCUGUGCACUACUGAAGUUGAAAAGCUGAGAUUGAAGCAAGAGGCCGAGGACAAGAUGACACGAGCUCUAGUAGAGAAACAGAUUGGAGAGUUUGAAAGUGAGUGGCUUCAAGGAUUUCAAGAACAUAUGGAGGAACUAGAGCUGCUGAACGAUCGACUGACCGAGGCUGAAAAUGAAGUGAAGAUCGCUAGAGAAACACUUUCCGAAAGGAAGAAUCAUGAGACUUCUGAAGUUGCUGCUGCUACAGAAGAAAUCUGA